UUAUCUCAAAAUCGUUAAACGCGCUUUCAUUCCACUCGGACGUGAAACAUUGCACAUACACUGAGACUGGGGCUGCACAUGGGCGGCAUAGGUGCCAAUCUUUACCUCAGUAUGUUGAAUGGGACUGAUACGCAAACUUUCGGAAAAGACACCGAUAUCAACAAUCACCUUCAACGCAGCAAGGAUUUAGGGGAGUUGAAAAUGGGAAUUCAGGACACCAGGUUAUAUUACCCAGACUCAAUUCAAAAUGGACAAGACGGGUUGGCACUGCCGUACCACUCAGACCAAACUGUGGCCGGAUUCGGAGCACAACCCGGGAUGUUUUACUCACCAACUCCCCUCAAUAGCUGCCACUUCAGCAGUGUCAGGUCGCCGACUAGAAACGGGAUGGGACAGACUUAUUUACCGACGGGAGGCGAAGGUUUUUCGACAGCAAGCAAAGACGUUUACCCUGCCUCUCUGGAGAGUUAUUCCGCGCCCUUUCAACACGGGUACCAUCGCACGCCACUCUACCCAUUACCUGGGCUACAGGUGUGCGGGAAGACGCAGGCUCUCCUCAACAACUAUCCUCUGUGGGCUAAAUUCCACAAAUACCAAACGGAAAUGAUCAUAACGAAACAGGGACGGAGGAUGUUCCCCUUCCUGAGUUUCAACAUCAGCGUUCUGGACCCGUCGGCCCACUACAAUGUGUAUGUGGACGUGGUCCUGGCUGACCAGCACCACUGGAGGUACCAGGGAGGCAAGUGGGUCCAGUGUGGCAAAGCAGAGGGCAACAUGCCAGGGAACAGGAUGUAUAUGCACCCAGACUCUCCCAACACAGGGGCUCACUGGAUGAGGCAGGAGGUGUCAUUUGGCAAGCUCAAGCUCACCAACAACAAGGGCAGCUCCAACAAUGUUGCACAGAUGAUCGUGCUGCAGUCGCUCCAUAAGUACCAGCCACGGCUGCACAUCGUAGAGGUGAAGGACGAUGAUUCUGAGGACCCCUUCCUCACCACCAAGGCCCAGACCUUCGUCUUCCCGGAGAACCAAUUCAUCGCUGUCACAGCCUAUCAAAAUGCAGACAUCACUCAGCUGAAAAUAGACCAUAACCCCUUUGCUAAAGGUUUCCGGGACAGUUAUGACACGCUGUAUGCACCGCCUGACACAGACCGCCUCACCCCUUCCCCCACCGAGGGCCAGCAGCUCUUGGUGGGGUCCUGCUACACCCAGGGGUACCUGAGGGACCAGUACAUGAACCCCCUGCCUCAGAGCCGAUUCUACAGCCGGGAGCACAUGGCAGCCAUGGGCCAGCAGUCCAAAGACCCCUCAGCCAGCCCCCACAGCCGCUGGUACCUCUCCCCCCAGCAGAGUGUCACCUCCAACCGGCUGGACUUCAACACGUACGAGGGCGACUUCUCCAGCAACAGCUUCUACAAGCCCUUCCCCCUGCAGACGUCGGCCCAACACGCACUGGGCUACUACGAGGACAGCCCCUUCGCCUCUGCCAGCGUAUCCGUCUCGGGAGCCUCCUCGGCGGCCUGGAGCGCCGGCCGGCCCUCCCCUCAGUACCUCAACCACCCCCACCCUGGUAAAGCCGGCCCCAGUCUAGGCUGGUUCAGGCCCAUGUCCUCUACCAACUCCUCCUCUUCCUCUUCAGGUCACCACAGGCUCCACCCCCCAUCCCUGCUGGAGCCGCUCCGCCCCCCACCCCCGCUACAGGACAAGCCCAAAGAGGCGGGGGGAGAGGACCUGUGGCUGGAACCCCCCUCAGUCAAAUCGGUGGACUCGGCCGACUCCGGCCUGUUCGAGAGCGGGGCGGAGAGCAAGAAGCGGCGAGUGUCGCCCUACGCCUCUAGCACGGAGAACUCGCCAUCCACCCGCAGUGCAGAGGUCUGUGAAAAGGACAGCUGUAGUGAUGCCGGCUACUACGGUUUUUACACCCACCACGUAAAUACGCUCUCCUAGUAUCCUACCCCAUCCUCUUUGUGCUUUGGUAUCUCCCACAUGGCCGUGUGUCUCUGCCUGUCCAAUGAAGUCAUGUAAAGGCGCUGGACUGAAGCUCAAUUGGCUACGGAAGUCCAACAUAACAAAAGGGUGAAGACAAGACAGAUAUCUUGUACCUCAGCUGUUUUCACACAUACAGUGCUAUGAAAAAGUAUUUGCCCCCUUUCUAAUUUUCUCUACUU